AUGCUUGAUGAGCAUGAGUGCUGCCAAGACAUAACUAUCCUGCUGCGUUAUAUCGGUUCCCCGCUUGCUGCUCAUUGCGAGUGCCCAUUCGAGUACAGUGCAGUGAGACAAGACAGACUAUUCCACCCCUCCUCCGCCUCGGCUGCGCCGCCGGAAGAGCCACCUGGCUUCUUCCUCUGCACCUACUGCGGCCGCAAGUUCUACAGCUCGCAGGCGCUCGGCGGCCACCAGAACGCCCACAAGUACGAGCGCACCCUCGCCAAGCGCCGCCGGGAGAUCGCCGCCGCCAUGCGCGCGCACGGGGCUGCUUCAUCAGCUGCGACAGCCACCGGCGCCGCUGUCCAGGUCGUCGAUGUCGACGCCGACAGCGACAGCCCUGGGUCCGCUGGAGGUGAUUCCAAUGUAGAGAAGGCGAGGCCGCCGCUGGGGAAGAAGCAAGCUGCCGCAGUGGCUGGGCAGUAUGGCGGCCUGCUCCGGCACGUCGACCGCGCCGGCGAACUCGAUUUGUCACUCAGGCUAUGAUUGGCUUCGGCACCAUGUACCUCUUCUCCUUGGCUUUUUACCUGUUUACUUAAAUGAUUCCUGCUUUUGUUCUUCACCUUCAGAUAAAUCUGUGCCUCUUGUGGCAUGUGUGUUGAGUUAAUUUGUGCAGAAUUUCUUUUGCAAGGGAAAUUUGUCGAUUUUAUCC